GGUCUAUGAACGCAAGCUUUACAUCUGGCUAAACCAAUGGGUAACCUGCAUUGUGUUUGAAUGACAGUUAUUGCAGUUCUGUGGGGGAAGGGAUUUUAGAAGUUCAUAGUACCGACAUCUUGAAAGGUUUGCAUUGAUCACUUCUGGGGGUUGACACCUUUGCUGCUGCAUGCAUCCUUCAUCGGAGGGCUUCACUGGCCGUUAUCACCUUAAACCUGGAAUGGAAACGAUCUCACUGAAAUUUCAAGCAUUAUUUUAUUUUUGAUUCGUUUUACCCAAGAGUUGCUGCUUCGUCCAGGAGAAGCAACAUGUUCUGGAAGUUUGACCUGAACACGACAUCCCACAUCGACACUCUGCUGGAGAGGGAGGAUGUGGCUCUCACAGAGGUUAUGGAUGAGGAGGACGUCCUGCAGGAAUGCAAGGCUCAGAACCGCAGGCUGGUGGAAUUCCUUGUCCAGCCACAUUGCAUGGAAGACUUGCUGAACUACAUUACCCAGGAGCCAUGCGAUGACAUGGACGAGAAGAUCAAGUAUAAGUUCCCCAACAUAUCCUGUGAGCUCCUCACCUCUGACGUGGGGCAAGUUAACGACAGGUUGGGCGAGGAUGAAGGUUUACUGAUGAAGCUUUACACCUUCCUUCAGAAUGAGGCCCCGCUCAACCCUCUCCUGGCCAGCUUCUUCAGCAAGGUCCUGAGCAUUCUCAUCAGCAGGAAGCCAGAGCAGAUUGUGGAGUUCCUGAGGAAGAGAGAUGACUUUGUGGAUCUGAUGAUUAAGCACAUUGGGACUUCCGCCAUUAUGGACUUCCUGCUCCGCAUGCUGACCUGCACUGAGCCGCAGCAGCUACGGCAGAGCGUGCUGAACUGGUUAAACGAGGAGAGGAUCAUCCAGAGGCUGGUAGAGAUGGUGCAGCCCUCUCAGGAUGAAGUCAAGCACUCAAACGCGUCCCAGUCCCUUUGUGAAAUCAUCCGCCUGAGCAGAGACCAGAUGUUCCAGGUGCAGAGCUGCUUGGAGCCAGACCCCCUACUGGUCACACUGGAGAAACAGGAAACCGUGGAGCAGCUGCUGUCCAACAUCUUCGACGAGGAGAAGAGCGAGUCUGCCAUCGUCAGCGUUAUCCAAAUCCUCCUGACUCUGUUUGAGACGCGGAGGCCCGCUUUCGAGGGUCACUUGGACGCCGGCUCGCCCGGAAUGAGCCACCCGUCCUUCUCCGUCAAUCAGAGUGUGCUGGAGGCUGUGAUGCCCCGAAUAAAGCACUUCCACCAACUGCUGCUGGAGCCGCCCACGAGUGGUGUGCUGAAGAGCACGUGGGGGGUGCUGGACCCUCCGGUGGGGAACGCACGUCUGCACGUGGUGCGUCUGGUGGCCAGCCUGCUGCAGACUAACACCCGUACCAUCAACCAGGAGCUGAUCCAGCUCAACACCGUCGCAGUCAUACUGGACAUGUACUUCAAGUAUAUUUGGAAUAACUUUCUGCAUGUACAAGUGGAGAUCUGCAUUGCCGUGAUCCUCGCCAUACCCCCCUCCAGAAGUGAAAACCCCCAGAUCGGCACCGAUCAGGAGCCUGUCUGGGAGAACCUGCUCGUCAGUCACGUGAGUCUGCCUGCCCACCCUGUGUGUUACUGGUGCAUUGUGGGUGUAUCUGAUGCUAAAGGCUGCUUUCUCCCACAUUCUCAGCUCUUUCAGGAGUGCCACUUAAUACAGAGAAUACUUGAUGCUUGGUCCUCCAAUGAGAAGGAACAGGCCGAGGGGGGACGGCGGAGGGGGUACAUGGGUCACCUGACCAGAAUAGCCAAUUCUGUUGUGCAGAACACUGAUAAAGGACCCAACAGCACCCUGCUGCAGCAGCUCAUCUCUGAGCUCCAGGAGGAUGUCCGAGAGGGAUGGGAUUCUUUCGUAUCUGGUCCACUAGCAGAAACGAACAAGAAAAACACUGUGGAUUUGGUGAAUACACAACACAUUCACUCAUCCAGUGAGGAUGAGAUAGACUUGAAGAAUAGUGGAUUUCACCCGGAUUCCUCCUUGCAACAGGCCUUUUCUGAUUAUCAGAUGCAACAAAUGACGUCCAAUUUUAUUGAGCAGUUUGGCUUCAAUGACGAGGAGUUUACCAAUCAGGAUGAUGUAGUGGAUAUCCCCUUUGAUAGGAUAUCCGACAUCAAUUUUUCCUUGAAAACAAACGAAAGUGCGAACAUCGCCCUGUUCGAGGCCUGCUGCAAGGAGCGGAUCCAGCAGUUUGACGACGCUGGCUCUGAUGAGGAGGACCUCUGGGAGGAGAAAGAUGUGACUUUCGCACCAGAUGCUCAGAGGCGUCCACGCAGUUCUGGGAGCACUGACAGUGAAGAGAGCACUGACUCUGAGGAUGAGGACACGAAACAGGACCCGUUUGAAACGAAUGGCACGGGCUCGGAUGACCGAAUGGAAAUCGACAUGGGCGAAGCACCCGCAUGGACGGCAAACUUUGACGACAUCCCCAUGGAGACUGCCAGCUCCACGGCGAUGGGAGCACCUGCCUCAGCAGCCACCGCGCCUGCCAUUCUAUCUGUUCCUGGAGGGUGGAGCUCGCCCAAUCACGUGCCAGGAAAGGAGUCCGUCUGGGCUGACUUCACAGACUUCUCAGAAACUGAGAGUCCAAAAGAUCCUCUGAGGAGCUCCUCUCCGGUUGCCAUGGAAACCAGCUUGGAGGCGGGCGACCCGCUGGGAGCAGUGCCCGGAGGCUGGGGCGGCGGGGAGGCGUCCCCUGCGGGACACGCUGGCGUGGGGGCGGAGGCGGAGCAGGCCGGGGGCCGGGUCACGGAGACCGUCACCAACGGCUUGAUGAAGGAGACCGUCAGCCUUACCGUAGAUGCCAAAACGGAAACCGCUGUUUUUAAGAGAGUGCUGAAGUCCUGUCGUGAGGAAGAGACCUUGCCUACCUCUGAUGUGCCCGCUAAGUGCUCCGUGUCUGAUGUGAGCCCCUCCCUGACAGACACGCCUGCCAGCAGCUGCCAGAAAGGAAGCAUGACGUACUCUGAGGACAAAGUGAAGUCUCCAAGUGAAGCUUCCAAUGGGCCCCUGGAAGUUGUCGCUGCAAUGGAAGAAUCCAAAGACCUACGUGGGCCGGCAGCAUCGGAGGCUGCUGUGAACGGGCCAGUCUGAGAGGAGCAUCCUGUGCUCUGCAGCACAUCGGGACCAGCAAUACUCAUACACCAGUGAACACAGCACCUGAGCUGCGUCAAGACAAACCCAUACUCAAAUUCAUCGACAGAACAGUCCUUUGUAACCCAUUGUUCUAAUUGGAUGAUCUCCAGCUGUUAUUUUGCCAUUCAAGGGUAACAGAAAGGUUGCUAGAGUUUAAAAGAUUGUAUGAAUAAAGUAUUUUACAAAAAGAUGUAUGCAGAAACCAGGAAUAUAUAACUAACAGCUAUACCAAUUGGAACGUGCAACGAAAUGAAGCUGUUUUAGAUAGGGUUUCCUCUUGCACUAAUUUCAUUUCCUUCCAGUUUUAAAGCAACAGCUACCAUGAAAGUUUAAUCUGUAACCUGUUGGUCUAGGGUAAUUAUUAGGGUAGUGCAUCAUUUUAAUUGUGCAUCACAGGGGGUUUUGCUACAGGUAUUAUUAUUUGUAAAUGUUUUAUAUCCUUUAAAUAUGACAAGAUUUGAAAAACCUUUGCAUAGUUUUUAACUUUAUUUAUUACUGAGAAGUAGCUGAUGUUACAUUAAUACCAGAGCUGUAUGCUUGUUGGAGUUAAAACUGUUAAAACUGUUGAAAGAAGAACGCUGGAUAAUUUUGUGUCCAGCUGGGGAUUUGUUCCCCCUCCAUAUAGGUCCAAAAUUAUCAUUAUUUUAUUUUUUAUUUUUACCUUUUGUACUUGCAAACAACAGAUGUGUGCAUAUGUGUCUGUGCAUGUGUGAGGGUUGUACACAGUGCUCUAAACAGUAGGAAUACUUGUAAAAGGCAUGGAUGUUGCUAUUCCCAACGCUGCUAAAAUUUUGCACCAAACUCAGAAUUUUCAAAUAAGAUGGCAUUCAGUGCCGGCAGUGAAAAAUAAAAAAAUAAAAAAAUCUGUAUUGAUACCUUU